AUGAUGUCAGCUGUAUCACAAGGAAAGCGUGAAGAUCUUGCGAAAUUGAAGAACUUUGCGAAAUUAACCAUUACAGAAUCAGGAGAAGAAAUAGAACGAGAACGAGACGAAGAAAUUGAAGGGACAAUUCAUGGAAAUGAGGAAAUUAAAGCAUUAGAGGAAUUCAGAGAAAGAAUGUAUGAAGAAAGAAGAAUAGAAGCAGAAGAACGAGCAAAUUUGACAAGGCAAAAUCAUGAGUUGAGGAUGGAGAAUAUAAGAUUACUGAAUUUAAGGCCAGGAAAUGCUACAAAAUCAAAUUCAGGAUCAAUUAGGGGAGAAACAAGGCGAAAUGCACCUAUAAGUAAUGUUAAUACGAACGAGCAACAUCAAAUGGAUGUAGAGGCAAUUGAGAGAUAUUGUGUUGAGCAAGCAUAUCUAGAUGACGAACGACAAAAGCUUAAAACAGAAGAAGAGGAUCAAGAACUUCAAGAAAUAAUACGUCAGAAUAAUCAUGAUAAUCGAAAAGAAAGACGCAAACAGCAUCGCAACAGCAUUAACAAUGAAGAAUUUGAUAGAAUGCAGAGUAGAAUCGGCAGACAGCGAAGAGAAAUAACGAGAAAUGAACAAAACCGUAGGGAAGAAGAUGAAGCACGUAACCAUACUAGAGAUCAAGAAAUAAAUGAAAGAGAAAAUCGCAGGAGAAGGAAAAACGAAGAUGAUAGAGAGGAAGCUCAUAAUCUCGCAGAACAUGAUAAACAUGAGCGUAGAAGAAGAGAAAUGAGGAAUACUAUUACAAUGACUAAGCUGCGAGAAUUCCAAGAAGAGUACAUUGUUAUUGAAGAAAAACAAAAUAGGGAGGACUCAUACUCAGUCGCAAAUAACAAUUCAAAAAUGACAAAUGCAAGUUUAAUUCCAAGAUUGAUAAACACUAUGGCGAGCACUUCGCAAAUCAAGCAAGAGAAGAUGAUGAGUAGUGAUCAGCAGAAAUUGGUUGCCACGGGGAGUCGGGAUCAAGAAGAGUUCGAAAGAGAAAGAAAUUUCUACAAUCGUGGCGCAAAUAAUAAAAUUCAGAGACUGGAUCAACCGCAAGAGAACUAUGGAGGUCAAAGGAAAAGCUAUAAUAGAGGAUAG